GUACCUAGAAAAUGAAUUGUCUUACUUCCAUGCGUCUCUGUGCGAGAUACAUCUCAAAUACCAGACCUCUCACUCGACUUCCCGGCCUGCACGCACCCGUAUUCCCCCUCACGCGCCAAUUCCCGAGAAUGGCAUCCAGCGCAUUUCAGUUCGCCGAGGGCGGGGAUGCGCAACUUGCCCGAGACGCCGAUGCUCUAUUACAGCAGGGCUGGGCGCAGGAUGGAGACGGGAUGGGGAUCACGAAAACGUUUCAUUUUAAGAGUUAUUUCAAGGCUGUGGCAUUUGUUAAUAUGAUUGCGGCCGAGAGUGCGUCCAAGAAACAUCAUCCCACUAUGACCGUGCGGAUUGGCUCUGUCGAUGUGCACUGGACGACCCAUCGUCCACGCGGAUUCACACAAAAGGAUGUUACAAUGGCGCAGUAUUGUGAUGAGAGCGCUGUUCUGAUGGCUGUUGAUCCUGGUCAGGGACUGAAGUGUGGUCCGGCUGCCUAAACAUUUCUCAAAUUUGCGUUCUUUACUCCCCGGUCUGGCCACUUCGACACUAUCACCAGUAGAUCCCCCCACUGGCGGUUGGAACUAGUCUGAAUGCGAAUUUCCCCUUGAAAUCCUGCUUGGUGUUUUUUUUUUUCUUUUUCGGAUGUUUUCU